AUGGAAACAAUAAACGAUUUUUCGAAAAAUUCUGGUGACGGUGCCUACUGCAUAUAUAAUGCAGACCCGGAUAUUGCAGCUGCUUGUUUUCAAUCGGCCGGCGAUUUUAUGUACGUGCAGGGAGAGCAUAGUCCUUCAAAAGACUUGGACUAUAAAGAAAUUAAGAAUCUUUUGAAUAAGUCAGCUGGCUUUCUUGCCCAAUUUAAUCCAGUUCCAGCUCUGGGCCUGUUAGAUAAAGUUACUGAUAUGCUCGAAUACGCAGACGACAAACUGGCAUGCGAUUUUGAGAUGGAAAAUUUAUUUAUUCAAUACGCGACCGCAUAUGAACAAAUGGAGCAGAAAGCUGAUGCUGUUGCAUAUCUGAAAAAAGCGAUUGAUAUAAUUGAGCCAAAAAUUUCUAAAAAAUAUUCUUCCGAUGAAACGUACCAUAUUGCGCUUACUGAACUACUGGCAGAUAUCAGGAAAAGAUAUGCAAUAAAUCAGGAGACGACCGAUGUAAAGCCCCUUAUCCCUGCUAUCUCGUGGCUUAAAGCAGCAAAAGCCUACAAGGCAUGCGAUUCCGCCUGUGAUGCGGCAUAUGCCGCCCUUAGGGCCAUUCGUUGGUUUAUUACCGCCCGGGACACAAAAUCAGCUACUUCGGCACUUUCUUGGGCGCUUUCUCUGACUAAGUCAUUGAAAUUUUCUCCACAGCAAGGUAAGUAA